AUGCCCCUCUCAACAACCACCCCUUUCUCGCGCCUCCUGCGCGCCGAGUCCAACAUCAGUCUCACCACAGACAAACCCUCCCACACCCUCAAAAAGCGCUCUCCAUCCUCAAUCCGCCUCAUCCCCCACAGCACCUCUCCCCCAGACACCGCACCCCAACCACCACGAAACAACCCCGACAGUCCAACCCCCUCCACCCCAAACGACUCGCCACCCCGCGACCAACACGCCACAAGCGCGUACCCGGACCCCACGCAAGCCCUCGCUGCGAGCGUGAGCGUGAGCUUGGGCAUGAGCAUGAGCAUGAGCAUGAACAAGCACAAGGGAAAGGGCUCAGACACGCCACCAGUCCAGAAGACGACGACGACAACAACGACAGACUUCUUCGCACUGCAGCCGCCUGACGCGCGCGUCUGCGGCUGGUUCAACUUUACGUGCUGUCAGUGUGGCAAGGAGACGCAUUGGGAGGCGCCGGUGUGCAGCUUCCUGCAGUGUGGGCAUGUCAAGUGUGAGAAUUGCCGGAAGACGUGGCAUGCGUAG